AUGAAAUGCUUCUGCUACGUACAAAUGAUUGGGCUAUUACAGAAGGGAAACGAUGAAGGCGAAUGUGCGUCCGUGGCACUGACCAUCGAUCAGGCUCUCGAUAUAAGAGAUUCACUUGCACAGUUACUCUACCAGCAACUGUUUGAAUGGAUUCUGCACCGAAUCAAUGCAACGACAACAAAUGGAUGCAACCAUUCGAAUGGUCGGAGCAGCGGUGGCGGAAGUUUUGCGACAAUUACGCUCGUUGAUCAUCAUGGAUUUGAACGUUCCGGUAGCAUGAAUGGUUUUGAGCAAUUCUGUAUUAAUUUGUAUAGCGAGCGACUGGAAUGGUACUAUCAACAGAAA